UCCCCUCUUUACUCCGUAUGGUCACGUGACAGCAGCGAGCUUCAAACGGCUGUGAGUGCGGUGCUGCGCGAGCCUCAUCAUCCUCAUCGCAACCGCCAGCAGAACCUCUGCAGGCGGCGGAGGAGAACCGAGCGAACCUCCCGGGGGUCUUCACCGAGCCGAGGAAGCGGGCGACAUGGCGGGCCCCCGUUAGAACCGGAGCCAGAUUUAUCCUCUUUGUUCUAGCCCGACGCCUCGCUGUCUCUACGCGCCUCCGCCGAGGAGGGGCCGCCGAGGAGAAGGAGAAGCGCUCCCCGUUCCCCGUUCCCCGAGCCGAGCGGGAGGAGGCAGGAGCGGCCGAGCAGGGGGGCAGCUUUCCGCGCCGAAGACCUGCUUUCUUCGGUACCAGCCGAAUGGCGGACCGCGAGGCGUCGCCGAUACCGUUGGAGAUCCGAGCCCGGCUGGCGGAGCUGGAGCUGGAGCUGUCAGAGGGGGACAUCACUCAGAAGGGUUAUGAGAAGAAGAGGUCCAAGCUGAUCAGGGCAUAUGCUGGAGCUUUUCUGCCUGCUUCUGUAGGAAUGGAGGGGCCCAUGUCUCACCGGGCCCCGCUCGGCCCCCCCGCCGCCGCCCGCUUCCACCGACGGAGAACGUCCGGAACGAGAGACGAGCGCUACCGAUCAGACGUCCACACGGAGGCGGUGCAGGCGGUGCUGGCGCGACACGUAGAGAGGAAGAUGGCGGUGCCCAUGCCCUCCAAGCGGCGCUCUCUGGUGGUCCAGACCUCCAUGGACGCUUACACGCCUCCAGGUCUGUCGCCGCUGUGCUCCGACUCGUCGUCGGGCUCCGAGGAGGAGGCGGGGCCGGGCGACGACAUGACGGGCAUGGAGCACUGGAUGGGCCGGCCCUCCCAGCUUGGCCCCGCCCACCUGGGCUCCACCUCCUCCUCCUCCUCGUCCACGCAGAGCGGCGGCAGCGGCAACGCCGGGCGGCUGGCCGACUCGCUGGCGCACACGCACAUCUCGCACCUGGCGCACCUGGGGCACCCUCACCUGGGCCAGUCGCACCACCAGCAGAGCCUCCUGUCGCAGUCGCAUCACGGCAUCGGCCACCUGUCUCUGAAGAGGAAGGGGGCUCUGAGCGUGGCGGAGAACGGCGGCUCUCUGCGGCGCUCCUGCGAGUUCGGAUCCGACAUGCUGUGGCCGCCGCCUCUGGAGUCAGACGAGAACCACUCGGCGCCGCCGGACGUGACGGGAUACUCGUCGGACUCGUCCCACUCCCACACCGAGCGCCACCACAUGUCCAACAUGGGCACGAUCGCCAGGAACACGCAGAAGUACGGCAACGCGGAGCGCAUGGAGACGGGCGACGGUGUUCCUGUCAGCAGUCGUGUGUCGGCUAAGAUCCAGCAGCUGGUCAACACGCUGAAGCAGCCCCGCAGGCCGCCGCUGCGCGAGUUCUUCGUCGACGACUUUGACGAGCUGCUAGAGGUCCAGCAGCCGGACCCCAACCAGCCGCGGCCUGAGGGGGCGGAGAUGAUGCCGGUGAGGGGGGAGCCGCUGGGCGUGGUCACCAACUGGCCCCCCUCCCUGGAGGCGGCGCUGCAGCGCUGGGGGACCAUCUCCCCCAAAGCCCCCUGCCUCACCAGCCUGGACACGGCGGGGAAGCCCCUCUACGUGCUCACGUACGGGAAGCUGUGGUCCCGCAGCAUCAAGCUGGCCUACAACAUCCUCCACAAGCUGGGCAGCAAGCAGGAGCCCAUGGUGCGACCCGGCGACCGCGUGGCGCUGGUGUUUCCCAACAACGACCCCGUGGCCUUCAUGGUGGCCUUCUACGGCUGUCUGCUGGCCGAGGUGGUUCCUGUUCCCAUAGAGGUGCCGCUCAGCCGCAAAGACGCCGGCAGCCAGCAGAUCGGCUUUCUAUUGGGCAGCUGUGGCGUGACUGUGGCGCUGACCAGCGACGCCUGCCAUAAGGGGCUCCCAAAGAGCGCAACGGGGGAGAUCCCUCAGUUUAAAGGAUGGCCCAAGCUGCUGUGGUUUGUGACCGAGUCCAAGCACCUGUCCAAGCCUCCCAGAGACUGGUUCCCCCACAUCAAGGACGCAAACAGCGACACCGCUUACAUAGAGUAUAAAACCUGUAAGGACGGCAGCGUGCUGGGAGUGACGGUGACCAGGAUCGCGCUGCUAACUCACUGCCAGGCUCUCACCCAGUCCUGCAGCUACACCGAGGCUGAGACCAUCGUGAACGUUCUGGACUUUAAGAAGGACGUGGGGCUGUGGCACGGCAUCCUGACGAGCGUGAUGAACAUGAUGCACGUCAUCAGCGUGCCGUACUCCCUGAUGAAGGUCAACCCGCUGUCGUGGAUCCAGAAGGUCUGCCAGUACAAAGCCAAGGUCUCCUGUGUGAAGUCCAGAGACAUGCACUGGGCUCUGGUGGCCCACAAAGACCAGAAGGACAUCAACCUGAGCUCGCUGCGCAUGCUGCUGGUGGCCGACGGAUCCAACCCCUGGUCCAUCUCCUCCUGCGACGCCUUCCUCAACGUGUUUCAGACCAAAGGGCUGAGGGCCGACGUCAUCUGUCCCUGCGCCAGCUCCCCCGAGGCCUUGACGGUCGCCAUCAGGAGGCCGGUGGAGGACAGCAGCCAGCCUCCGGGUCGAGGGGUUCUGUCCAUGCAGGGUCUGAGCUACGGCGUGGUGCGGGUGGACACCGAGGAGCGGCUGUCGGUGCUGACGGUGCAGGACGUGGGCACCGUCACCCCAGGAGGCCUGGUGUGUGUGGUGAAACCAGAGGGCGUCCCUCAGCUCUGCCAGACGGACGAGAUCGGCGAGCUGUGCGUCUGCUCCAUCGCCACGGGGACGUCCUACUACGGCCUGACGGGAAUGACCAAGAACACCUUCGAGGUGUACCCGGUCAGCUCCAGCGGAGGCCUGAUCAGCGAGUACGCCUUCGUGCGGACCGGCCUGCUGGGCUUCAUCGGACCCGGGGGCCUCGUCUUCAUCACGGGAAAGAUGGACGGCCUGAUCAUGGUGAGCGGGCGGCGGCACAACGCCGACGACAUCGUGGCCACGGCGCUGGCGGUGGAACCCAUGAAGUUCGUCUACAGGGGCCGGAUCGCCGUGUUCUCUGUGACGGUGCUGAGGGACGAGCGGAUCGUGGUGGUGGCCGAGCAGAGGCCCGACUCCACGGAGGAGGACAGCUUCCAGUGGAUGAGCCGAGUGCUGCAGGCCAUAGACAGCAUCCAUGGGGUGGGCGUGUUCUGCCUGGCUCUGGUUCCGGCCAACACCCUCCCCAAGACGCCGCUGGGCGGGAUCCACCUGUCCGAGAUCAAGCAGCUGUACCUGGAGGGGGGGCUGCACCCCUGCAACGUGCUCAUGUGCCCCCACACCUGCGUCACCAACCUGCCCAAACCGCGGCAGAAGCAGCCAGAGAUCGGACCCGCCUCCGUGAUGGUGGGGAACCUGGUGUCAGGGAAGAGGAUCGCCCAGGCCAGCGGCAGAGACCUGGGCCAGACCGACGACAACGACCAGUUCCUGUUCCUGUCAGAGAUCCUGCAGUGGAGAGCUCAGACCACUCCGGACCACGUCCUCUACACCCUCCUCAGCUCCCGGGGGGCGGUGUCCAGCUCCCUCACCUGCCUGCAGCUGCAUAAGAGGGCGGAGCGGGUGGCGGCGCUGCUGAUGGAGCGAGGAGGCCUGCAGGAGGGCGACCACGUGGCUUUGGUCUACCCACCAGGCAUCGACCUGAUCGCGGCCUUCUACGGCUGCCUGUACGCCGGCUGCGUUCCCAUCACGGUGCGGCCGCCGCAUCCUCAGAACAUCUCCACCACGCUGCCCACCGUCAAGAUGAUCGUGGAGGUCAGCCACUCGGCCUGCGUGAUGACCACGGCCGUCAUCUGCAAGCUGCUGCGCUCCAAGGAGGCCACAGCCACCGUGGACAUCAGGAACUGGCCCCCGGUCCUGGACACCGACGACCUGCCAAAGAAGAAGCCCCCUGCUCUCUAUAAGCCCACCAACCCUGACGGCUUGGCCUACCUGGACUUCAGCGUGUCCACCACCGGCAUGCUGGCCGGAGUCCAGAUGUCCCAUAAUGCAGUUGGAGCCUUCUGCCGCUCGGUGAAGCUGCAGUGUGAGCUGUACCCGUCCAGAGAGGUGGCCAUCUGUCUGGACCCGUACUGCGGCCUGGGCUUCGUCCUCUGGUGCCUCUGCAGCGUCUACUCGGGCCACCAGUCCAUCCUGAUCCCGCCGGUGGAGCUGGAGACCAACCCGGCCCUGUGGCUGCUGGCCGUCAGCCAGCUGCGGGUGCGGGACACCUUCUGCUCCUACAGCGUCAUGGAGCUCUGCACCAAGGGACUGGGCCUGCAGACCGAAGCACUGAAGGCCCGAGGUCUGGACCUGUCCCGGGUCCGGGCCUGCGUGGUGGUGGCGGAGGAGCGGCCCAGGAUGGCGCUGACCCACUCCUUCUCCAAGCUCUUCAAAGACCUGGGCCUCCACCCGCGCUCCGUCAGCACCGCCUUUGGCUGCAGGGUCAACCUGGCCAUCUGUCUGCAGGGAACGUCCGGACCGGACCCGACCACCGUGUACGUGGACAUGAGAGCGCUGCGCCAUGACAGGGUGCGUCUGGUGGAGAGAGGCUCGCCCCACAGCCUGCCGCUGAUGGAGUCUGGGAAGAUCCUGCCCGGGGUUCGCAUCAUCAUCGCCAACCCAGAGACCAAAGGACCGCUGGGAGACUCCCACCUGGGAGAGAUCUGGGUCCACAGCGCUCACAACGGCAGCGGCUACUACAGCGGCUACGGAGAGGAGGUGCUGCAGUCGGACCACUUCAGCUCCAGGCUCAGCUUCGGGGACACGCAGACGGUCUGGGCCAGGACGGGCUACCUGGGCUUCCUGCGCCGCACCGAGCUCACGGACGCCAACGGAGAGAGGCACGACGCCCUGUUCGUGGUGGGCGCCCUGGAGGAGGCCAUGGAGCUGCGGGGGAUGAGGUACCACCCCAUCGACAUCGAGACCUCCGUCAUCCGCGCGCACAAGAGCAUCAUGGAGUGCGCCGUCUUCACCUGGACCAACCUGCUGGUGGUGGUGGUGGAGCUGGAGGGCUCUGAGCAGGAGGCCCUGGACCUGGUUCCCAUGGUGACCAAGGCCGUGCUGGAGGAGCACUACCUGAUCGUGGGCGUGGUCGUGGUCACCGACGUCGGCGUCAUCCCCAUCAACUCCCGCGGCGAGAAGCAGCGCAUGCACCUGCGGGACGGCUUCCUGCAGGACCAGCUGGACCCCAUCUACGUGGCCUACAACAUGUAGCCCGGCUCGCCGCUCCUGCCGCUGCCGCCGCCGCCGCUCAUCCAGUUCCCACAAACCCAGACGUACUUUUGAUUCGAUGUGUCCUGCAGCCGUCCGUCUCCUCCGAGGCCGUCUCCAAACCCUCGCUCCGCCCCGUCACCCGUAGGAAGCCGUAGAGGAACACUGUGUUCAGGGCGACACGCCGUCGCUCAGCCAGCCGCCUCUGGAGAGAAUCUGUGGUUCAGCUGGAGCUUCACGGGCGCCAGAUUGUUGUAAAAACUAUAAAUACUGUAGAUAAACAUAAUAAUCUAUAUGGAGAGGAACUAAAACACAGCGAGGUGUAGUAGCCCCUAACGCAGCUCUCUCCGCCCGCACCCUGAGCGUCUGAGUGAGUGAGUGAGUGUUCACCGUCCGCGUCGGCGCGCCACAGGAACUUUCUCUGUGCUUUUUAUUCUAAGACCAUCAAAGAAAAACGUUCUAAACCUGCAGAACAACAAAAAAAAAAAACACGACUGUGUGAAUCGGCCGCCAGCUUUCUUCUCUUUCUCUUAAACUUUGAAAAGGUUUUUGUGACAAAAAAAGAUUUUUUUUUUGUUUUUGUUUCCAUUUUAAAAACAAAAAGAAGAAAAAAAAAGUGUUAAAGCGGUCGAUUCAAACCAAAAAAAAAAUAAAAUAAAAAUAAAUAAAUGCUGCAAAUGUCACCAGAUUCAAUAAUAACAUGACUUUAUAGGAGUAAACUCAGACGUCCGGUCCUGGAGCACCAAAUAUCUCGCUGAGCAAAGUGCACUGUGUGAAUAUGACAGAAAUAGAAUUAUUAUCAUUAUUUAAAGAAAGUUUUAGAGAAAAUACAGCUUCAGCGUCCAGAUGUUACUGCAGAGGUUUCACAUCUGAGCAAAUUUAACCAAAUGACUUUAUUUAAAUAGACGUUUUAUCCUGUUGAGGUUUCUCUGGAGAGAAAUAAAUCAGAGCGGACUCAAGUGUUGUUUUUAUUUCCCUGAAACAAAGGGAGUAGCUGCGGGACCGAAGGUAAAGUCGGUCCUGGCAGAAACAUCUGGAGGCUGUGGGGAUGAAGUUUACAUAUAAAAAGCUCCUGUUGUAGCAAUAAUCAUCCAAAGGUUGUUCCUUACUGGUCCUGUGGAUUCCUGACACCAUCUUUGUCUCAGCACACCACAAACUGCAGCUCACAGACGUUCCAGAUGGGUUCACUCAAUGUUGUCCUUUCUAAAAUAAAUAGCUCUUCAGCAUUUAGAGGAUUAUCUAUCUAUAUAUUCCUAAAUGUUUACUUUAUUUGUUGUGCUUAAAGUGGAGCAACACCUUUCAGAAACGCUGCUACGAGGCAUAAAAAUGACUAAAAACCCACCUGCUGUUUAAAUGGAGGCUGCAGUUUGCACCCCGUGCCACUAGAUGGCACUACAUCCUACAGACUGGCCCUUUAAGAAGUGAAAUGGGCCACUGAAGACAAAACUGGUACUUUUACUUCUAAUUUUAACUAUUUUAUGUAAUACAUUUCCAGUCUUGUAGGAAAGAAUAUAAACAUGCCUGCUAGCUGCAAAUUUACCAGCAGAUGUUUAAUUUUUAUUCUGACUGGUCAACCUGUAAGACUCGGAAGACUAGCAUCAUAGUUUUAGAAAUAAAAUGAUCUUUUUUUUCAUUCUUCUGUGCAAAAGAACCCAUCAUGGAAUCACUGAGUUGCAGGAUUUGUAAUUUUAAACCAUAUAAACAUGCAGUUUGUUUGCAAAUUGACUGCAAUCUGAUCUAAUCUCCACUGUAACUUGUUUGUCUUUAGCAGGAAUCCUCAGUAAAGAACAUCCUCGGAGCUACCGCCUGAUGUGCACUGACUCAAACAUUUCCUGAGGUUAUAGAAGAUUUAACAGAUGAUAAAAUGAAUCUAUGAAGAGUUUAAAUAAAUAUCAGUUUAUUCCAGGACUCCCUGGAGUCCUGCUGAUGCUGCAGGUGGAGUAGAGAGUUUUACUCAAGAGUUUUGAUGUCGGCGAAGGUUUAGUUUACACGCCUGCGGGUAAAAAAAAAAUGUGACAUUAUCUCAUCGCUUUGAUUCCACAUCAGGAAAAAAAAUGACUCAUAUCAGAGGUGUGUUGUUUUUUUUGGUUUGUUGGUAGCAGCGUAGCGAUGGCGUCCCAUCAGAGACCAGAAGGACUCGUCUGUGUUCAGGGCUGAAUGGGAGGGAGACUGCACGUAUGUAUGUGUGUGUGUGUGUGUGUGUGUUGUAUGUAAAUAGUGUUGAUUUUGUACGGUAAAAGUGUGUGUGACUUGUUUUGUACACAUGAUGAAAAAAAGAGGAAAUGACACUUUUAUAAGAGCCUGCUACCGGCUCCCUGUCACACUAUACAGUGCAAUAAAGUGCUUUGAUUGGCUAAAACUGA